AUGGAUGUGAAAACUCUACCUUCAUCGAUUUUUAACUUUUCCGCUAAGUUCUGUAAUGAACUAGACAAAAGUAAGAGCGUUGUGUCAUCUCCACUUUCAGCUGAAUUUUUAUUGGCCAUUCUUACUUUGGGAUCUGAGGAUCCAGCACAUUCUGAACUACUUACAUCACUGGGUAUUUCUGCUGAUGAUCAGAUUCGCUCAUCAUUCAAAUCAUUGUCACAAAACCUUCUCUCCAUCAAAGGUGUUACACUCAAAGUAGCUAACAAGGUGUACAUUAAGGAUGGUGACUAUGAUCUCAAUGAGGAUCUUAAGAAGGAUGCAGUCUCAGUAUUCAAUGCUGCCUUUGAAAAAGUUAAUUUUUCACAAAGCAAAGCUGCUGCCGACCUUAUCAACAAAUGGGUUGAAAACCAAACAAAUAGCAAGAUUAAAGACCUAAUCUCAGCCGACAGUCUCAAUGAUGACACCCGUCUUGUUCUUGUGAAUGCAAUUUACUUUAAGGGUACAUGGAAGAAACAGUUUGAUCCCGCAAAUACAAUGGAUCAACCUUUCUUCAUCACAUCCUCGGAGACGGUAGAUGUUCCUAUGAUGUACAAAGAAGAUAACUAUUAUUAUGGUGAAAGUCGGGCUUUGAAUGCUCAGCUUCUACGUUUAGGUUACGUGGGUAAGGAGGCGAGUAUGUUGAUAGUGUUACCAAAUGAAGUGGAGGGUCUGAACGGUGUUCUCAGCAAGUUGGCUGAGGGUCACGACUUAUUGAAGGAGUUGGACGAUAUGCACAACAUUAAGGUCCAAGUGACUAUACCUAAGUUCAAGAUCGAAACAGAAAUCGACUUAGCCGAAUUACUGCCUAAGCUGGGCAUCAAAUCCAUCUUCAAUCAAAGUGACAAUGGAUUGACGAAGAUAUUGAACAAGCCAGAGGGUCUGUUCGUGUCGAAGGCUGUACAGAAGGCUUUCAUCGAAGUCAACGAGGAGGGUGCUGAGGCGGCCGCCGCUUCUGGCAUGGUGAUGAUGAUGCGGUGCGCGCCGAUGCCUCCGGUCCGCUUCGACGCCAACAAACCGUUCUUGUUCGUGUUGAUGGACUCCGGCACCCCAAUAUUCUACGGCACACAUCGCAAACGCAGCCUCUAA